AUGGAAUAAAAGCGGGUUGGAGCCUCCAACAAGUUUCAGUAUUGGGUCUCAAUUCGAAGCUUUGAGUACUCACAAUCUCGCGGGGUUCCUGUUAAUUUCAAAGUGCAUUCCGUUGUCUGGUAUUUGUCCAGGUUGAACGUAAAAGUGAUCGUGAAAUUACUGUUGUCUAUUCCCUUAAUUAAAUAGUGGACAGAAUUGGUGAUAGUUAUCAUAACAAAAAUUAAUACAUGUGCUAGGGGCACAAAAAAUAAAUAAAUCAUGUUCAACGUGCGGAUUUUGGGGGCUUUCUUUUUGGCCCUCUCUAUCGCCAACUGCGCUGAUAUAGACCUCGAGAACCGCGAACUUGAUGCGGCUUCCUUCAUUCGAGAACUGAACAAUGAGUUAGACAAGAAGAAAACCAUUGAAACUGAAGCGUCCUGGGCAUACGCUUCAAACAUUACAGAUUACAAUGAAAAAGUAAAAACUGAAGUAUCCGCUGAAAAUGCCAAAUUCUUCAAAGAAAAGGCAAAGGAGUUACGUGAAUAUGCGUAUGAGAACUUCAAAGACGAGGAUCUGCGAAGGCAGUUCAAGAAACUUUCAAAGUUAGGCUAUGCUGCAUUGCCCGAUGAGGAAUACAGACAGUUGCUGGGUGCCAUCAGCAAGAUGGAAUCAAACUUUGCCAAGGUGAAAGUGUGUGAUUAUAAUAAUCGGACAAAAUGCGAUUUGUCUCUGGAACCUGAAAUCGAGGAAGUGAUCAGUAAAAGUCAGGACCCUGAAGAAUUGAAAUAUUAUUGGGUUGAAUUUUAUAAUAAGGCUGGAACUCCAUGUCGUCCUGAUUUCGAUAAAUAUGUUGAGUUGAACGGAAAGGCAGCUAAGUUGAAUAAUUAUACCUCUGGCGCCGAAGCCUGGCUUGAUGAAUAUGAUGACGAUAGUUUUGAACAACAGCUUGAAAAUAUUUUCGAUCAAAUUCGUCCACUAUAUGAACAGCUCCAUGCCUACGUACGCUUCCGUUUGAGACAAAAGUAUGGUGACGAUAUUGUUUCGGAGAAAGGACCUAUUCCAAUGCAUUUGCUCGGUAACAUGUGGGCCCAAACAUGGGAAGAAAUUGCAAGUUUGAUUGUCCCAUAUCCUGAUAAGAAAUUAUUUGACGUAACACCGGAAAUGGUUAAACAAAACUACACCCCAAUUAAGAUGUUCCAAAUGGGCGACGAUUUCUUCCAAUCUUUGAAUAUGACCAAAUUGCCACAAGAUUUCUGGGAUAAGAGCAUUCUUGAAAAGCCAACGGAUGGACGUGAUCUUAUUUGUCAUGCUAGUGCCUGGGAUUUCUUCGUGACGGAUGACGUUCGUAUCAAGCAAUGUACCCGUGUGACCAUGGAACAAUUCUUCGUUGUUCACCACGAACUGGGACACAUUCAGUACUAUUUGCAAUAUCAACAUCAACCCAGCGUCUAUCGGGAAGGUGCCAAUCCUGGCUUCCAUGAAGCUGUUGGAGAUGUUCUCUCACUCUCUGUAUCAACUCCGAAGCAUUUGAAAAAGAUUGGAUUGCUGAAUGAAUAUAACUUGGAAAAGGAAACUAGAAUUAAUCAAUUGUUCCUCAAGGGAUUAAGCAAAAUCAUUUUCUUGCCAUUUGCCUUCACUUUGGACAAGUACCGUUGGGCAAUCUUCCGCGGUGAAAUUAAGCCAGAGGAUUAUAACUGCGCCUUCUGGAAGUUACGUGAACAGUAUUCAGGUAUUGAGCCACCAGUAGUUCGAACGGAAGAUGAUUUCGACGCUCCCGCCAAGUACCACAUUUCCGCCGAUGUCGAAUAUUUAAGAUAUUUGGUAUCCUACAUCGUUCAAUUCCAAUUCUACAAGGCAGCCUGUAUCAAGGCCGGCCAGUAUGAAAAAGGAAAUCCUGAACUUCCUCUUGAUGACUGUGAUAUCUACCAAAGCCCUGAGGCUGGCAAUGGUUUCAAAGCCAUGCUUGCCCUCGGCUCCUCAAAACCAUGGCCCGAUGCAAUGGAAGUUUUCACUGGCGAAAGGAAAAUGAGUGGUGCAGCACUUUUGGAAUAUUUCGAACCACUUCGUGAGUGGCUCGAGGAGGAGAAUAAGAAAAAUAACGUCCACAUUGGAUGGGAACCAUCAGACAAAUGUCUUAAAAAGGAAGAGGAAAAGCCACGCAAUCCAAACAGUGAUUGUUUUGUCUUAUUUGAGGUAGGGAUCCUCACUGGUAAAAUGGCAAUGAAGGAGAUGACCUUUGCCUUCGUGGUUUUUUUCGUACUAUUCGAACUAUCUGCUAGUCAACUAUAUCUCGAAAAUGAAGCCAAGAAAUUGAUGAAUCUAAUCAAUAGAGACUAUGCUGCGGUCUUGAAGAAAAAGGCGAAUGCCGAUUGGCUGGCUGAAGUCUCAGGUGAACCAGAGACUAUUGAGGGCGCCCUUCAAGCGGAAGACGAAUACAACUCGUUCAUAUUGAAAGCCUCUAGCUUUUUGAAGAAGUACUCAAAUCUGCGGUUCGCCGAUAAGGAUCUCGAAAGGCAAAUCAAACGGUUCCCUAAGCCAACUUACGAGUCGUUGCCGGAUGCAGAUUAUGAGGCGAUAACCGAAGCAUCAAACAGUAUGGCAUCGAUUUUCAGCAAUGUUAAAUUGUGUUCGUUUAGACAACCGGAGGUGUGUAACUUGACGCUAAUUCCUGAUAUUCAGGACAUUCUACAUAACUCGAACGAUAUAGAAGAGAUUAAACAUUACUGGAUAAAAUGGAGAACUGCAACGGGUCAGAGGAACCAGGAAAUGUUUCAAAAGUUUGUGGAUUUGUACAAGAAAGCAGCGUCAGCAAACAAUUUUGAAAAGCCAUCAGAUAUGUGGUUCAAGGAUUUCGACGAUAACAACAUCCUAGACGAAGUAGAAGUUCUUAUUGAAAGUAUCCAACCUCUAUUCUUACAAUUUCAUGCACAUGUACGAUAUCUAUUGCAACAGAAAUACGGUCCGGAAUUAAUAAAAUCGGAUAGACCGUAUCCUUUGCAUCUAUCGGAAAUUUUAUUGGGAGAAGUUUACCGAUUUCAAGAGGAUGGUUUUGUCGAAUUGCCAUAUCCUUAUAAGCAAAUACCGAACGUGACGGAAGAGCUAAUUCGACAAGAGUAUACACCGGAACGGAUAUUCGACGCCAGUCGUGAUUUCUUUGAAUCAAUUGGACUACCAAGAUUGCCUGAUUCUUUUUGGAAGCAAAACGCAAAAGCUAUUGCUGAUGUUAACAGCAACAUACUGACAUGUUUCAGUAGAGCUUGGCAGACGCAUAAUGAUCAAGAAGUUUCCUACAGCUAUUGCCCCGAAGUCGAUUUUAGACGCUACCUAGGAAUGCAUGGAUCGAUGUCUCACAUCUACUAUUACAAAUAUAUGCAGUCUCAACCUCCAGUCUUCCGAGGUGAGCCUUUACCAAAUUUCGAAGACGUAUUUUCUCAACCAAUAGAACUAUCGAUACAAUCCACAAAGCAUCUGGAGAAAGUUGGUCUUCUUUCGAAAGGAUCAAUCGAUAAAGAAACACGAAUUAAUAAAUUAUACUUAAAGGGAAUGGAAACAGUUUUUCUUCUGCCGGUUCUCUUUAUUUUGGAUAAAUAUCGGGUACAGAUUCUGAACGGGGAUAUUCAAUCCUGGGAUAAUUGCAAAUAUUGGAAGCUAACUGAGAAAUACAUCGGGGCUAUCCCUGCAGUGGAGCGCACAAAUGAUGACUUUGAUGCCCCGGCAAAACUUUUAACAGCAGUUGAUGCCGAGUAUUGCAGUAACAUAUUAGCGAUAUUCAUGCAAUACCAAGUAUUUAAAAGUUUAUGCGAACGGGUUGGCGAAUAUGUUCCUGGCGAUUCAAGUAAACCAUUGGAUAAUUGUGAUUUAUCCGGACACACUGAAAUUGGUGAAAUUUUAAGGCAAGCUAUGGCUAUGGGUUCAUCAAGGCAUUGGCGUGAAGUUCUCCGUGCAUUAACUGGUCAUGCAACCAUUGACCCAUCGGGCUUUUUGGAUUAUUUUAAACCACUCAUGGAUUGGCUUGUAAAAGAUAACACAGAGAAAAAUCUUAAUCUAGGGUGGGAGGAAACUACUACUUGUCUUAAUAAUUCCCCAAGUCAAUAUGCCGGCAACAAUUUAUACAAAUACCUCUUUUAUUUAACAUCACGAAUAGUGCAGUCAAAUCAAAACAUGGGAAUCUUAUCGUUUUUAUACUUCAUCAGUAUUAUAAUAACUACGCAAAGUAUAGCGAGUCCGCAAUUAAAUCUUCCCCCAUUACCCGUAAGACAAUCGAAUAGUCCACUAAAUGGUUACCAACUGAACCGACCAACCGACGUUAGUAAUUUCAACGAUAAUCGUAGCCAACGAUAUGGACCGCCGUAUAAUGACAACGAUGAAGAUCGCCGCAAUGGCAUUGGACCCAAUUUCUAUAAUUCAUUCCGGCCUAAUUUCAACCCCAAUAACACCAUUUAUUCGGGCUACGUGGGUUCUAAUCCGAACUACCCGGGUUCAGAUGUAUUUGAUCCAAACCGACAACAUUCUAUCGAAACCGAGCGAGUUCGCAGACUGCUUGUGGAAAUAGAUCAUAAAAGUUCACAGGAAUGCACAGCAAAUGUUGUUGCUCAGUGGAACUUUGAGACGAAUGUUAACGAAGUAACACAAACUGACGCGCUUCUUGCUCAACAAAGAUACUCGGACUAUCAACGCUCUAUAGUGGAACAACUUCGGCAAGUCGAUCAAAAUCUCAUCUUUGAUGAAAAUCUAUUGCGUCAAGUUCGAUUAUUCACAAUGAUUGGUGGACCAAAUGCAUUAUCACCUGAACAAUUGGAUCGGUACAAUCGAUUGAUUAACGAUAUGCUGGCCAUCUACAACGAGGCUUCGAUAUGCCGAUUUGAGCAACCUUUUCAAUGCGGACUGCGACUCCAACCUGACCUGAAAACCCUGAUGGCUAGAAGUCGUGAUUGGGACGAAUUGCAGCAUGUAUGGACGGAAUGGCGUCGAAAAGCUGGGAAGCCGAUGCGUGGCCUUUUCGAGCAAUUAGUGGUACUCAUGGGUGAAAUAGCUGCUGCGAAUAACUUUACUAAUGCCGGUGAUUAUUGGCUAUUAGCUUAUGAGCAACCGAAUUUCCGUGAAGAAUUGGAAAACGUUUGGUACGAUAUUCAGCCAUUGUAUGAAUUACUCCAUGCUUACGUUCGUCGAAAGUUGCGAGAAUACUAUGGACCAGACAAACUCAAUCGAAAUGCUCCUCUGCCGGAACAUAUUCUUGGAAACAUGUACGGUCAGACGUGGAGCAAUAUCUUAGAUAUUACCAUACCAUACCCCGGGCGAAAUUUCAUAGACGUCACCCCUCAGAUGCUUACUCAAGGGUAUACGCCUCUAAUCAUGUAUCAGUUGGCGGAGGAGUUCUUUCUUUCGAUGAACAUGUCAGCGAUGCCACCUGAUUUUUGGCUAAACUCAGUUUUGGAGCAACCUCUGGACAGGCCUAUUCUGUGCCAACCGUCUUCUUGGGACUUCUGCACCAGGCAUGACUAUCGAAUUAAGAUGUGCACUCAGGUUACACACAGAGACUUAAUCAAUGUUCAUCAUGAAUUGUCACAUAUUCAUUAUUUUCUGAACUAUCGACAUCAACCCAAGAUCUACCGUGAUGGAGCUAUCCCAGGAUUCCAUGAAGCAAUUGGUGAUGCAAUAGGGUUGUCGGUUUCUACUCCCCGCCAUUUGCAGACACUUGGUCUUGUCCAAAGUUCGGUAGACGAUACUUACCACGAUAUCAACUAUUUGUAUGCACUGGCCGUUGAUAAAAUUGCAUUUUUGCCUUUUGCAUUAGCACUGGAAGCAUGGCGAACUGAUGUAUUCAACCGGCGUGUUAGUAAGGAGCAGUACAACUGCCACUUCUGGAUUUUAAGGGAAAGGUAUGGUGGCAUCAAACCACCAGUUCUUCGAUCAGAAAUGGACUUCGAUCCCGGCGCAAAGUAUCAUGUUGCAGCCAACAUUCCGUAUGUCAAGUGA